AUGGCUGUAGUAAAUGAAUCAAAUUUAUGUUUAAUCUGCAAUAAAUCUUCAGCUAAAUACUUUUGCAUUGGAUGUAAAAAAUAUUUUUGUCCAAAGGAUUUCAAAGAACAUGAACAACAAGUAUCGAUGAAAUUCGAUAAUGAAAUAGUUAGAUCACAUGAUGAACUUCUUGAUCAAAUACAAAAAUUAGAAAAAUCAAAUUAUUUGUCAUUGGAUCUUUUCGAUCAAAUUGAACAAUGGAAAAAAUCAACAAUCAACAAAGUAGAAAAAGCUGCAGAACGAGCUCAUGAUAAACUUAGCGAACUAAUAGAUAAACAAAGAAUAAAAAUAACAAAACAACUAGAACCAAUCACAAAAGAAAUUCGUUGUCGCCGAGAAGAAGAAAACUUUCUGGAAAAUGAUAUUGAUCGACUACGAAAUCAAAUCGAGGAAAUCCAACAAAUACUUGAACAAUUUAUUCGAAAAGAUAUAAAUAAAACCAUUAUUGUUGACAAUGAUCAAAUUGAUUGGAAUCGACUCAUCUACGUUAGAGAAGAACAACAAAAUGGUGAGUAUAUUGAAUUAAAAUAUAGAAAUUCUCAAACGAAUCCAUCAAAUCUUGUUUAUCGUUCAAUCAAACUUUUUCUUUUAAUUUAA